AUGGGUCUUGUGGUUUGUGGCAAGGUGGUGGACAGCCGAAUCCUGCAGCUGGAUUUCGAGGAGCGGUCGCUCAACAACCUCAAGAAGGGCAACGUGCAAAAGUCAUACGUCUUUGCCGAUAUCCAGAGUUGCGAGGUGGAUGUCAGAAACCCGACACGCCUGCUCGUUCAUUUCAAGAGUCGCACUCCGUACGAGAUUGUCACCUUCUCCCAAAUUGACCGGGACGCCCUGUACCAACGGUUUCAGAGCAUUCUCGACAACCAGCGACAGUACGACGAGUUUAUCGAGCACAAACGAAAAUCCGCCGCUGGCUUGCUGCUGCUAAAGGCGGGUUAUGCUAGCAAACACGGCAAGCUCCACUGGGCACGGAGACGCUUGGUACUUUACCCGGAUUUGCUGUCAGUGUAUCGCGGCGACAAGGAACCGUCCGAGGAUUUCUUCCCGCUCAAUGUCAUCUCGUUGGUCGACAUGACCAUGUCGGGAAAGGGCAAUGCCGUGUUGGUUGUGACCACCAAGAUGCGAUCGUACGAGUUCAAGUUUGAAACAGAGGUCGAAAGAGACGCGUGGCAUGCUGCCAUCUCAGCCGCAAUCGAGGCAAUCACCAUCUGCCCUCCACCAGUGCCAGCAGCUCCAGCCGAAACAACCUUGCUGCCCGAGCCAGUGCCGUUUUCGCGCCACGCCUCAACGUCCUCCGACCAGCCAGUCGUACGCUCGUCCUCCAAUGGCCGGGCAGAGAAGCUCUUGGCUGCAGUAAAGUCAAUACCCCUGCCAAAGUCGCCGGUGGCGCUCGUUGCUCCAGCGGCGGUUGGGCAAGAUUUGCCAACCUCCUCCAAGUCAAUUUCUGAAUCGUCUCGUCCAACAAAGGACGAAGACCCAUUUGAGAGACAGUCUGCAUCCGCCAGCGACGCGCCUGGAGCAGUGACAGCUGCAUCGCAAGCUGCCGCCGCUCAAGUUUUCGCAGGGAUGGCCGUGCUUCCGCCAGGAGUGCCCGUUUUGCCUCCAGUCGCGUCUGGUGUGUCGCAAACAGCACCGGCAGUUGUUGCCCCCAGCUCGCCACCCGUGGUGCUGCCGUAUGCGGCGUCAAUCAGGCAAGAUCGCGUCCCGAGCGUCGAGCUGACAAUCGCGCAAGCAGACGCCCAACAGGAUGGCCAGGCGCAAGAGCUGGACCUGUCAAUACCCACCGAGCAGGAUCUUGCGGCUCUGGUUGAGCAAGAGCUGGCAGCCUAUGGCGCGCUAGAUCUGAACACUGCCGCGACUCCAACUCUGGACAAUGCCUUUGAUUUGUGCAACGCCAUGAUGGCGGAUAUUCUGCAAACAACAUCGUCUGGCAGUUCAAACGCGAAUGCAUUGCCGCCAUCGACGCCGCUCUCUGAAAAGCAGCAUGGCACCGAGCGCUCUUCUGUGGCCUCGGUUGCCUCGGUUGCCUCGGUUGCAUCGGUCGCAUCGGCCUACGACGAAGCGAAAGUCCUCUCAUCACUCCAGGCGGCUGCCACAGCGGCCGAGCUGGCCGAGCCUCGACAGAAAGCUGCAUCCCUCGAAAAACCGCACUCGCAUUCGCUCAUUGUGCAACUGCCAUCUGUCGCCGCCACGCUUGCUGAACAGUUUUCUAACGUUACUGACGACACCAAACUGCGCGCUCACAGCACGAUUGUCCAGUCCACUCCUGCACCUCCCGCGAGUAGCGCCACGCUCAGAACCGCCGCCCUCAUUCAGCAGCAGCGUGCCUACCGAGCAUCUGCUCUGCUGGGCUGCGACGACGAUUCGAAGAUUGUGCUCAAGAGUCGAUUCGACCAGUUCCACUCCAUCUUUAUGCCCGAAUCGGAACGAUAA